GGGUUUCCCGGGGAUCUCUCUACCCAUCCUUGGCCAGCUUCAAGCCGGUUGAAUUUUCGGAGAUCUGUCAAGGUUGGGGAACUUAGUGGUGCAUUCCUCCUCACAGAGCAUAGCAUUGUUAUUCCAAUGGCAGCCUCUGCACUGAAAAAACCCGCUGAGAAAGUUUCUUACUUCAUCAAACCCGGUUCCUCUCCAAAUCCAGCCAGAGCACCAGUAAGCCAGAAAAAGUACGCCUUAAUCAGUGCCAAAUAUAAAGGUCCAGGACCUGGGAAGUAUAACCGAUGUCCUUGUACUGGCAUUAAGAAUCACGACUGCACUAAGUAUGCUGAGCCAGCUUAUACCAUGCGUGUGAAGUCCAGCCCAAAAACAAUCAUGGUUCUGGAAAGCCCUGGACCUUGUUACUAUGUGGAUCCUAGCGUUUCCCGCUUAGGGAUAUGGAGGCCGGUGUCAUUCUUCAUGCAACAGCGAGGAAAGAGCACAAAUAUAGUGACAACUCCUUCUCCGAAUGAGUAUCCCGUGGAGAAAUUGCAUCCCAUUGAUGAACCGAAUGCUCCCGCGUAUACCAUCGGUGCAAGAACGCCCUAUUGGCUGAACAACCCAACUCCGGCUCCCAACAAAUAUGCGUUGCCUGAGACCCUGGGCCCCAAGGUGCCCAAUAAAAGGGCAGCUCCCUGCCCGUCAAUCAGAUCCAUUGCUCCCGGACGAGAUUAUAUGGUGAGAAAAGGGCCUGGUCCAGCCGCCUACACUAUUCCAGAGCUAGACGUUUACUUGCGACAUCAACCAUCCUAUACGCUAUCUCAAAGGUUAAUUCCUUCAAGCAAGGAACAUACUCCGGGCCCUCUGGACUAUAGCCCAGAACAGGUUACCAUUCACAAGCCCAGAGCUCCAUGCUUCAGUCUGGGUGUUCGCCACUCUGAAUAUUCCCAUGGCACACCUACGGUUUGCCUCAUCCAAGAGUGAGCGUGGACCACAACUGGAAGACCAGAUGAUCUUCAGUGAGGUUCAGCUGCCAAAGGUCUCAUCUUGGGAGAGCUUCAUCCACUAGGUUCAAGCCAGCAGGUGGGCAGUGUGAGGAGAGAGUGUGCUUUAAGAAGUUGUGGAUGGAUGGUGGCUCAGUUGGGGCUACAGGUUAUUUUUUGAGUCCAUGGAACCAAAGUUCUCCUUCAGAAAAAACUGGCCAAGUCCUUCCUGACUUCUUCCUCGCCUUCUGGAAUCUCCUGAUAAUGUUUUUUCAAGAAAGUGUUUUUAUCUAUGGUUUACUCUUCCCCAUGGAUUUAUAUUUGGAAAAGGUUUCUGAAGAAAAGGGAGAUGAAUUGUCCUUUUUCUGUGGUUGCUUAAAGUACAAUAAAAUAAUUUAUAGACAA